AUGGGGUGGAGUCGGAUCGGCCAUCUUGAUCGCAUUCUCGCUCAUCACUCUGUUCACGUCGCUGCUACCGCGCCACCCAGAGCACAAGGCCCAGCUCUGCGGGCUGGCCAAAUACUCGAACCUGGUGGGCGCCACGAUUAG